CAGAUACAGGUGCGGUCGGCUGCGGUUCAUCGCCGCGCUUUUGCGCUUCUGCGCGUCAAAGGGUCAUUGUAAUAAAAGCAAACGCACGCAAAGUCUGUUCCUCCUGCGGACUUUGGACUUGGUUGUAAGAGGGUCCCUGACAUCACAGUGAUGGUGCUGCGCGCUCCACCCCGCUCGUCCGAGCGGAGGAGAGAGCGGGCGGACGUCAAUGAAAGCCAAAGGUCCCUCUGCUCCCGACGGAGCUGCGCUCAAUGAAGUUGGUGGAGAGAAAGUAGAUCCACGGCGGCGGCGCUGCGCGGCGGUCGCUCGCGUCGUUAUUUAUACCCGGCACGUUUGGCGGCGGCUGUUUACGUGACCGAGUCGAGUCAUCUCCGCGGAGCGACGAGCGGAUCACCAAGGUCAACGAUGAUCAGUGAAAGUCGCGCUCGCGCGCCGCUCACUCGUCCAAGUCUUGCGCGUCUCUCCUUUUGCCGCCGCGUCUUAAUUUACAGAUAACUUCGCGGGCGACGACCCAUGUGCGCGCCCCCGUGGCUCCGCUUCGCUCCGCUUCGUAGCCGCGACCCACCGGGACGCGACUUGGGCUGAACUUCAGUCAGAAGAUGUUAGGCAGCCCGUCCAACAACGGCGGCAUCAGGAUGCUGGUGCCGCCGGCUCCCAGCGACGAGCGGCGCGUCGAGUUCGUGGCUCUCACCGCCGUGCACACCGAGAGGAGCGAGCCGUCCACGCCGGAGCGCGCACACCCGUCCCACCGCACGGGCUUGCUGGGCACCCCGCUGCCGGGACCGCCCGGACCCCGGGCCAACGCGUCCGCCUCCAGCAAGCGCUUCCGAAAGUUGCAGAACUGCCUGUACAACGUGCUGGAGCGACCGCGAGGAUGGGCAUUCAUCUACCACGCGUUCAUUUUUCUGCUGGUGUUCAGCUGCUUGGUGUUGUCUGUGUUCUCCACUAUCCCCGACCACCAGAAGGUCGCCAAUCAAGGCCUCUUUAUCCUGGAGUUCGUGAUGAUCGUGGUGUUUGGACUGGAGUACUUCAUCAGGAUCUGGGCGGCCGGCUGCUGCUGCAGAUACCGCGGAUGGCAGGGACGCCUGAGAUUUGCCAGGAAACCCUUCUGUGUCAUAGACUUCAUAGUGUUCGUGGCGUCCCUGGCGGUGAUCGCUGCCGGGACGCAGGGCAACAUCUUCGCCACGUCGGCCCUGCGCAGCAUGCGCUUCCUGCAGAUCCUGCGCAUGGUCCGCAUGGACCGCCGGGGCGGCACCUGGAAGCUACUGGGCUCAGUGGUCUACGCUCACAGCAAGGAGCUGAUUACAGCCUGGUACAUCGGCUUCCUGGUCCUGAUCUUUGCCUCUUUCCUUGUUUACCUGGCAGAAAAAGACAACAACACGGAUUUCAACACCUAUGCAGACUCCCUCUGGUGGGGAACCAUUACCUUGACCACCAUCGGAUACGGGGAUAAGACCCCUCGUACCUGGCAGGGGCGGCUCCUGGCUGCCUGCUUCGCUCUGCUGGGAGUGUCCUUCUUCGCUCUUCCCGCUGGAAUCCUGGGGUCAGGCUUUGCCUUGAAGGUUCAAGAGCAGCACAGACAGAAGCACUUUGAGAAGAGGAGGAUGCCUGCUGCCAACCUGAUCCAGGCUGCGUGGCGUCUUUACUCCACAGAUGCCAAACACUCCUAUCUCACGGCCACAUGGUACUUCUAUGACAGUAUGUUGCCUUCGUUCAGAGAGCUGACGCUACUGUUCAGCCACCUCCAGCGACAGCGAAACACCAAGAAGGUUCUCCACAACUCCUACCACACACUGCUGUCUGGGCUGCGGCCCUACAGCUCCCCCUACCUGUCGGGGGACAGGAAGACAGACGCUCCGUGCAGUCAGCUCCUCUCUAAAAAGCGGGGUCUCUUCCGGAUUCACGCUGGUCGCAAGCAGAGCAGUAAAAUAGGCUUCCGGGAUCGGAUCAGGAUGAACAAUUCCCGAUCAUCCCAAACCAUGCGGAGCAAGGCGUCCCCGCUGCCCCCGGGCUCCGGUGUGCGCCACUCUCCCAGCCAGGAGAACGUGCCCGAGGCCAACAGCCCCGGGAAGGUCCAGAAGAGCUGGAGCUUCAACGACCGCACCCGCUUCCGCACCUCCCUGCGCCUCAAGGCCCGGCCUCCGGUCGACGUGGAGGGGCUCGGUGAGGACUGCGUGGAGGACAAACCAUAUUCUGACGUAGCUAUGGAGGAGGUCAUCCCUGCAGUGAAGACACUUAUACGAGCUGUCAGGAUCCUCAAGUUUCUCGUGGCCAAGAGGAAGUUCAAGGAGACUCUCCGCCCUUACGAUGUGAAGGACGUCAUAGAGCAGUACUCUGCAGGGCACCUGGACAUGUUGGGCCGCAUCAAGAGUCUGCAGAUGCGGGUUGACCAGAUUAUCGGACGAGGGGCUGUUCAGCCUGAUAAGAAGGCGCGUCCCGAAAAAGGAGAGAAGACGCUGCCAGAACUGGACCCGCUGGAUGAGCUGAGCAUGAUGGGACGUGUAGUCAAAGUGGAGAAGCAGGUACAGUCCAUAGAGAACAAGCUGGACCUCUUGCUUAACUUCUACUCCCAGUGCCUUAAGAAAGGCUCGUCCCACUUCACCCUGUCCUCCCUCUUGGACCCUGACCUGACCUCCGACUACCAGAGCCCCACAGACCAAAGAGACCUCUUCCCCUCCGCCAACACGCUCAACAUCUCCCAGUCUGAGAGCGGCAACUUGGAAUGACAGUGAGCCGGGGUAUUGGAAACACAUGUCUUCCUCUGCCUGAAUCCACACUCCGAGUGGCCUGAACUCCACGUCUUCUCCCCGUUUCUGUGCGGUUGGCUGUAGUUUUGCCUCCAUCUCAAGCGUUUCCUUUUACGUGAAGGCGUUUCCAGAGCUGGUACCGACGGAGGCCACCAGAUGGCACCACUUGACAAGGAGCCUCGGCCGAUGCUGCUCACCACACAAGCCUCUCAAGUCACAAUGAAGCUGGGACACAGAGAGGACCCAUGAACUACUUGACUACUGAAUUAGUUUCAUCCACUCACCUCAUGCUAUAUACAGUAUCUAUGCCAACAAAGCUUCUGUAGGGAGCCAAACAUUGAGCUUGAAGUUCCUAUUCUUUCCAUCGUCCUUUCUAUCAAGACUCUGUUUUGCUGCUUGAAACAUCAGACUCGGUUCACUGAGCGAAGACAGUGCUGCAAGUGCCAUUUGUGUAGUAGGAAGCCACCUGCAGCUUCAGCAGCCACACAACAAGACAUGUGUGUACGUGGAACACAUCACAUGGAAGAGGAGCUAAGAGGAUGUGCUGCAGUGAUAUAGGUGUUUUUUUUCUCAACAAUUAAAAAGUCUCCAAGAAGCCCACAUGCAAAAAAAAAACAAGGCUUUUAAAAGAUGAAUGUUCCCACUUUUAUUCUAACAUUUGCCGUUUAACUCUCUCUGUCUUGCUGCCCACACUCCAAGCAUGCAGUCCUCCACUGUAGAUAAAACCCCCACCCAGGUCACGCGCGUCAGCCCUUAGGGCGUCCACGUCUAACGCAUGCAUUAGGCCACAGGCUGUUGUGCCCGUCCAUGCACGUGUGAGACGGACUUCUUUAUGUGCAGGGGUGGGCUCCAGUCAUCAGGCGAGCUGUUAGCAGCCACUUUCCUCUGCUCUAUCUGCUCUGGUUCUUUGAAGCAGGUGUCUGAUGCACAUUCAACUGUGUACUUGUGGACAAAACUGGACACACACACACAUACAAAAACACACAAUUAUAACAGUUGCUUCAAUAUUUUGGAAAAUUCGAACACGAUUUUAUCUCUUUGCUUAGAGUUUUUAUACUGUAGCCAUGUUCAUGCACUUGUGCAUGUGACAGAAAGGUUUUUAAUGAUUUUUUUGGUUUUGUAGAAUUAAUGUAGACUUAAGGUGAUAUCUGUUUAAUUCAGUUAGAUGCAGUGUAUGGUUUAAAUAUGCAUAAUACCUACACACACUACAUCACACAGCAUGAUACAGCUGAUCAGGUUCACACGUGCACAACACAUGUAUAUUUUAUAUAACUGGUGCCAGAGAGCCUUCACCAUAGUGUAUUCGGCCAGUGACAACAUUUCCUCUGUCCCUCUGAGUGAUUCAUUUACUUACAAGCCAAUUGACUCAGGUGCUCCACUUUUGCAUUCAAAGCAAGCCUAGACUUUAAACAGUGAAUGUAGUAUUUAGGAUGCAGUGUUCUUGCUGCCAUAGUAAAUAAGGUGGCGCAUCAGAACUCGCUGUCGGUGUCAUUUGUUUUGUGAAAUGCCAGGAAGAUCCAUUCUUUGGCGUAGAGAUGCCCGAUUAUUAGAGGUACUAUUAGACUGAACGCUUGAUUAUCCCCAAGAAUGGUGACUGUCAUGUAAGUGUAUGUUGAUACCAUUGUAUUGCAUGUUGUUGUUAGUGGUGGCCACUAUAUUAGAAACGAACACUUAAAUGACCUGUGCCUUCUAUGUCAUUGUUCUGUUACUGGCGUUCAGUCUCAAUCUCAGUGUCAAUGUCAGUGCAGAUUUAAAUAGAUGACUCUUUCACUGAAAUAUCACAAGGCCAUGCUGUGUUUUCAAAAUUAUGAUUUAACUAAAGAAGCAUAAUCAAACUCCCUUUCAACACAGCUCUAUGGAUCCAUCUACUAUAACUGUUUGCAACUUUUGACAAUUUCUAAGACUCUAAUUCUAUGUUUAUGCUCAUGUUUAUCAUUGUAAUCCUAUUCAGACGCCUUCAUUUUGACAACUGCUGUGUAUUUUACCACCUGUCACAUCUGGUGACCGGGGGCAUGGACAUUUAUAUCACAGGAAUCUCUGCAGGCAUGUGUCCUCUCAUAAGCACGUCACAUAGAUCAGAAUGGCUUCCACACAACUACCUCUGAGGCCACUAGGGGGCGCUAGUCUAGUAAACAAAGUAUGUGAAACAGUAAGUGAUUGUUUAACUGACUGAAUGCUAUGCAUGAUUAAAUCUGCAUGUUCUCCUCUCUCUCUUUUUCACAGUUCCUCUCAUCAUCCAUGGUUCACUGACUUGCUGACAUUUGACAUUCCAGCUCAUUGCCCUUUAACUUUAGGUAUUGGAACUGCUGUUAAAAUAAAACUGAUUAAAGCAAUAAGCAAAAUGCUAACGUAACUAGGUCUUCCAGUUCCAAUUGAUGUAGCUAGUGGUUGAUUAAAUAUGAUGCGUAUUUUAUUUUUAAUUCUAAUGCACACCUUUAUUUGGUCUUUUAAAGAGAUUUAAAAUUGUGUAGCCGCUAAGAAUAAAACUAGCUCACUUGACUAACUUAUUAAUUUAUUUGUUUCAAUAAAGCUCUUUGGACUGUA